AUUGGUAUGUAUGGUUUCUGAAUUGGGGCAUUUUUAUGGCUUCGGCGGGAAAUCUCUUGUGCGUCUUGGCCAUGGCGGCCACCGCGGCUCUGGCUGUGGCGAGCUCCUGGGAGUUAUGCGACAAGUACAAGAGCUAUUCCGUCAAGAUCAAGGACGUGGAGGUCCUGCCGGAUCCCGUUGUGAGCGGCCAGGAUGCGGCAUUCGUUGUUCCAGCGAGCACAAGUGUUCCAAUCAAGUCCGGCACUGUGAUUGUCACUGUGCUAUGGCAUAACAUCCCUGUGCACCGAGAGGUGGACGAUUUGUGCGAGAAAACAAAGUGCCCAAUUGCUGCUGGUGAUUUCGUCUUGAACAGCACCCAAGCGCUCCCUGGAUUUACGCCCUCUGGGAAGUACAAGAUUAGAAUGCAGAUCGUUCAGGGCUCCAGCCUUUUGGCCUGUGCAAACAUCCAGUUCCAGAUCGUUUGGCGACGAUUAGACGCGGCAGCGUAAGCUUUUUAAGUUUCGCAAAAACGAUAAAAAGGGUUCUGUGCUUUCCUUUUGAGUUGCCUAUUUAUGAAUCGAAAAGGCUUUGGCCUCUUUGUGAAA